AUAUAAACCAUUAAUGGACAACUAUAGAGAGAGAGAUCAGAGAUGGAAUGGUUGUACCCAAAGAGGAGAGGUCCAGAGUGGAAACAGGGGUGGACAAUUCAGACUCUGACCUCCGUCUCCACCCCACCGCUCCCGCUGCUAGCCGUUUUCGCCAUUGUCAUCUUCUUGCUGUCACUCUCCCAAUAUACAAACUACAAGGCACAGAUGCAACACACCAUGGUCAACUUUCAUCUGUUCCUCGUUAUGCUGCCUGUAUUGCUCAUCUUCGUCGUUCUUCCAGCAUUAACCAGUUUGAGGUUCGGCUUACGGGCUUUGCGACCCGAGCAUGGCCCGGCCCAACAAAGUGGGGGCUCACCUUGGGGUGUUGCCAUCUUGGUGGUGGUGCUUUUGUUGUUGGUUUCUUACCAGUCCUCGUUUCAUUCUAAGUGGUUUGGAUCCACAUGAAGGUGAGAUUAGCCCAAGAAAUUCCAAAACAAGCGCGUUUACCUACCUGAUAGGUGGGUGAAUGAUUAUUCUUAUUUGCGAUUGGCUAACACUAUGGGGUUCACUCUUUUAAGUGGGAACUAUCCCAUUGUUUUAACCAAUCACAAGUGAGGAUAACGUUUUGUAUUCACCCGCUUAUCAGCUAGGUAAACAUCAUUAGGUUGAAAAACUUAUGUGUUCUGAUCUUACAUCUUUUUUGUUUAGAAAACUAAAUAUAUGGUAUAUGAAUAAAAGAGUUUGUUACCUUAUGUUUUACAUACGAAUGUGAAGAUCCGCAUUUCUUGUAAUCGUAAGGGAUCCACGUUUCUCGUAAUCGUAAGUGAGAUAAAUAUUUACGAGUUGAAUCUCGUAUUUUGUUUAAAUUAAAUUUUGUUCCCAUGGCUUUAAA